GUUGUGAUAAACUUAUUAAAUAGAGUACUGGUGUGUAUUGAUUGAUUGAUUGAUUGAUUGAUAAUGGCAUACGGGGCUGGCACAGGUGUGAACAGUCACCAUCAGUUGAACUACCUGCUGGAGAAGAUGAGUUCGCCAGACAAGGACUUUCGCUUCAUGGCUCUGAAUGACCUGAUGAAUGACCUGCAGAGUAAUUCGAUCACGCUGGACGAUGGGAGUGAGAGGAGUGUGGGCAAGAGUUUCCUCAAGUUGCUGAAUGAUAAGAACACAGAAGUGCAGAAUUUGACAGUGAAGUGUCUGCCGCCUCUCGUGGGCAGACUGAAAGGUGGUAUGGCGGAGCAAAUUAUUGAUAGCCUGCUGGCUAAUAUGGAGAAUGAACAAAGUGGCAAUGAACAACUGAGAGACAUCUCCAGCAUGGGACUAAAAAGCGUCAUCCCAGAGGUCGAAAGGUCACACCCCAGUAUAGGAGGAGCAGUGGCACGCAAGGUCAUCACUAAACUGACUGCGAUUUGCAGUUCCACGUCUAAUACAGCCAUUACGCUGGAGAGUCUGGACAUCAUAGCGGAUUCACUGUUGCUGUUUGGACCUAGCAUUGCCUCAGUGCACAAAUCAUUACUGUGGGAUUGUCUCUAUCCCAAUCUGCGACACGACAGAAUGGCAGUGAGGAAAAAAGCGAUCAAUGCCAUCUCAAACCUCGUCGUAAACAGCAGUGUCGAAAUGUUCUGUGAACUAUUCGAAGUUCUUCUGAAAUCCUGCUCUAAAGAAAACCGCGCUAAUUUGGAUAUUGUAUGUACUACAGUACAGUGCAUAAGUGCAGUGACCAGAAAGGCGGGACAUAGAUUGAAUGAAGGGAUGGUUAGGAAUGUGUUCCCGGUGAUGUUGGAGCUUAUUGACAUCAAGGACUCGGAUGAGACGUGUGAUAUUAAGGAAUCGUGUCUGCAGACAUUCGAGGCACUAGUCAGAAGAUGUCCAAAAGAGUGCGAGGCGUACACCGAUAUCAUAAUAGCGACAUCUCUCAAGUACCUCUGCUAUGACCCCAACUACAGCUACGACAACGAUGACGACGAGUCCAUGCUAAUCGACACUGGAAACACAGACGACGAGGAUGAAGAAGACGAAGACGACGAAUAUAAUGAUUUAUCUGACGAUGAUGAUGUUUCGUGGAAAGUCCGGAGGGCCUCGGCGAAAGUUCUAGAAUCCUUAGUAGCUUCGAAACCUCACACUGCGGUUCAGUUUUAUAACGAGAAUCGAGCGGCUCUUUUGGUGUCCAGGUUCAAAGAGCGAGAAGAAAGCGUAAAAGAUGAUAUCUUUCAAACAUUUGUAGUUCUGUUGCGCCAAACCAAGAUGUAUAUCAACUCCUCGGUAACAGGAGGCGAUGCCAUGGAAUGUUUUUCGGUGCCUACGACCGUUCUUCAGUCUUUGAUUCCAACUAUAGUCAAGGAAUCGAAAAAGAUGUUCAAAAGUCCAAGCAUGAAAACCCGACAAGGAAUUUUUAUGGUCUUAAACGAUUUAGUCAUUGCAUUACCUGGUUGUCUUUCGGAAGAGUUUGCAAUUGUAGUUCCAGGUAUUGAGAAAUGUUUUGAAGACCGCUCAAGUACCGCUAACUUGAAAUUGGACUGCCUUGUAUUUGUAAGCUCAGCUCUUAGAAACCAUCCGAAAGAAGUGUUCUACCCACAUUUGCCUAAACUAGUUGCUCCGAUUUUGAAAGGAGCUAACGAUAAGUUCUACCGCAUUGCCGCUGAUUCGCUGCAAGUUUUGCAAAUGUUCGUUGAGAUUUUGCUUCCGCCAACCGACCUAGAAGUUCACGAGGCAAAUAAAGACCUAUUCAAUCUCGUUUUCGAAACUGUUUAUUCUAAACUGAAAGCGACUGACCUAGAUCAAGAUGUGAAAGAACACGCGAUUUCAUGUAUGGCCCAGAUUAUAUACAACGGAGGAGAUUUACUAGGGUCCAACUUACAAGCGUGUCUGAAAAUAUUGGUCGAGAGACUUAGCAAUGAAGUGACAAGAUUGUAUGCUGUAAAGGCAUUCGCAAAAAUAGCCGGAUCUCCAAGGAGUUUGGAAUUUAAGUACGAAGCAAAUCAAGCGGUUCCACUUUUGAUCCAAUUCCUGAAAAAGAAUCACAGGAUUUUGAGGCUGUUUUCGGUCGAGUGCCUUUACUCGUUGAUUCGCCGACACGAUGCUCAAAUUGCACCGGAGCAAUAUAACUUCUUAAUCGAGACCAUUCCGAUAGUUCUGACUGAAACUGACCUUCAAAUAACCCAAAUUGCACUGAAUUUACUCGGGCUGGUUGUGAACAACAACCCUGCGAUUGCGUCCAAAGUGUUCAAAGACAUCUUCCCAAGUCUUAUCGCUCUUUUGAAAUCCCCGGUUUUGCAAGGAGCUCCUUUAGAAUCAAUGUUGAAAUUUCUUCAAUCGUUGUCGAAUCCUGGAAAAAUUUCAUUUGAUGCGCUCUACAGGCCUUUGCAUGACUUGAUGUUUACUCAAACCGAAAUUGUACAUAAACAGACUUAUUCUUCAGUAGCUCAAGCAGUGGCAUUGUUGUCAAUAGCUGCUGGCCAACAGUUUAACAUAGUAACCGAGUACUCAGGAUUCCUAUCUCAGAGAAGCACGGAUAAUGUCAAGGAAGUUAGUCGAAUUUUCUGUCUGAACACAAUUGGAGAGAUAGGCAAAAGAGUUGACCUUUCUCAGCACGAAAGUCUACCGGCGCUUAUUCUGAGUGCGUUCGAAUCUCAAAAUGAGGAAAUGAAAAAUGCGGCCUCUCUUGCAUUAGGAGGUAUAACAGUGAGUGCGAUACCGACCUUCCUGCCAUUUGUUCUAAAUCACCUGAAAAGUCAACAAAAAAGUAGGAAUUUGUACCUGCUUCUAAAGUCACUAAAGGAGUUUAUAGUUGUGCUUUUGCAACGUGGCGAUGGAGCCUUGAAGAGUCUAGACCAGGAGUUGUGGAAUAAUUUGAUGAGUUACAGCGACUGCGCUGAGGAAGGAACCCGAAGUGUUGUUGCCGAAUGUCUCGGACGACUCACGCUCGUCAACUACACUGUGCAUCUCGGAUAUCUGAAGCAAUGUGCGAAUAAUCAGAACCCACUAGUUGCUAGUACUGUCGUAACUGCGGUCAAGUUUGCUAUAACCGAUAAGCCUCACCCGAUAGACGAACAACUGAAAUUAGCGAUGGGCGACUUUUUGUCAUGUUUAAAGCAUGAAGAUGUGAAUUUAAGGCGGCUGACACUUGUUAUGCUGAAUUCAGCAGCGCAUAACAAACCGGUGCUCAUUCGAAACCAGCUGUCGAAUGUUUUGGCACUUCUGUAUAAGCAAACGUUGGAAGACAAAAGUUUAAUUAAACUUGUCGAAAUGGGACCUUUCAAACACGAGUUUGACAUGGGUCUUGAUCUGCGCAAAACUGCCUUUGAAUGCAUGUACACGCUACUUGAAACUUGUCUGGACAAGAUUCCAGAUAUUUCAGAGUACUUGACGUACCUGCAAAAUGGCCUCAAGGACCGCUAUGACAUCAAGAUGCUGGCCCAUUUGAUGUUGAUCAAGUUAUCAGUCCUAGUUCCAGGCGCGGUUUUGCAGAGGUUGGAUAAAAUCAUGGAAGCGAUCAAACUGACAAUUACGUCCAAAGUGAAAAAUGACUCAGUUAAGCAAGAGUAUGAUAAGCAAGAAGAGAUCAAAAAGUCGGCGUUGCGAGCGGUCCUCGCGCUUUCGAAAUUACCCGAAGCAGAUCGAGUUCAGGCAGUUGUCGAUGUCAUUGCUCUGUGUAAAGUAAACUAUCCCGACCUCUACAACUACUAUGAAAACCUAAAGAAAGAAUCAAACCUGAUUGGGUUGCCGAAAAGAAUAGGAACUGACAGUAUAGAUAUGGAGACGUGAAAACUUAAAGACGCCCAGGUGAAGAAGAAUUGAAAAGGAAGACAGCGAGGCUAAAGCAAAACUGAGCAUGACUUGUUUAUUAUUAGCUUUUAGUGCGAUAGUGUUAUCUUUAUUGAUCGAAGACGCUGUUUAAACGUACGUAUCUAAUUGAAAGUUUAAUUUCA